AUUAUCAUUAUUUAGUGGACUCAUCCUUUAGAGGCGACACACGCCUGCUAGACAGCACUGAGGGCGGUAACCCGAUGACGACGACACCGGGAUGUGUGACACUGCGGAAGAGCUAUUCCUGUAUCCUUAGGUCCUCCGUCCUUAGCCUUUCUUCAGAGCAACACGCAGGGACUCGGGGGGAAGCUCCUGUUAUUGAGGCGGCAGGAGGACCGAGGAGAUCCCACCGCCGAGAUGGCUCAGGCCAACAUCUCGGUGACUGAGAGCCAGUUCAGCUGCCCCGUCUGCUUGGACCUCCUGAAGGACCCGGUGUCCAUCCCGUGCGGACACACCUACUGCAUGAGGUGCAUCAACAAGUACUGGGACCAGGCUGAGUCGGGCCAGUUCAGCUGCCCCCAGUGCCGGGAGAGGUUCAGCCCUCGGCCGGUGCUGCGGAGGAACACGGUGCUCGCCGAGGUCGUCGAUAAACUCAAGCUGAGCGAGGUGGUCGUGGCGCCGGAGCGCUACCAGGGGGGAAUCGGGGAGGUGCCGUGCGACUUCUGCCCGGCGGAGAGCAAGCUGCGGGCGCACAAGUCGUGCCUGGUGUGCCUGGCGUCCUUCUGCGAGCUCCACGUCCUGCCCCACCGGGAGGUCGGCACCCUGCGGCGGCACAAGCUGGUGGCCGCGGUGGAGUGUCUGGCGGAGCGGCUGUGCGCCCAGCACCGGCUGGGUCUGAGCGAGUCCGAGGCGGAGGCCGCGGUCGAGUGGUGCGGGGACUGCCCGCUGUGCGAGGCUGACCAGGAGGAGGUGAACAGCACGGACGCUCAGAGAACCAGGAGACAGCUCCAGCUCCAGGUGUCUCAGCGUGCGGUCCAGGGAAAGAUACAGGCCGGGGAAAGAGAGCUGGAGGAGUUUCGGCAAGCCCUGGAAUCCGUCAAGGUGUCAGCGUCGACUGUUCUGGAGGAUAGUGAAGCUCUGUUUGCCGACAUGUCACUUCGCCUGGAGAAAACCAAGGCGGAGGUCCGAGCGCGGCUGGAGGCGAAGGAGCGGGCGGUGGUGGGGAGAGCCGAGCGAGACAAAGAGCUGCUGGAGAAAGACCUGGAGGAGCUGAGGAGGAGAGACGAGGAGAUCAGCCAGCUGCUGCAGUCUGAGGACAACGCCCAUUUCUUACAGGCGGCGCCGCUGCUCUGCGUCCCACUCGCCACUGGUCGGCACCCCAGAGCCCUCGGCCUGCCCACCGAGGCCUUCAGCGGCGCCAGGAGAGCCCUGUGUCACCUCCGCAGCCGGAUGGAGGAGGUCUGCAGGGAGGAGGUUGACAAGAUCAGCCGUGCAGUUAAUGAGAACUACGUGUCCGGUGGAGAGUGUGUAAAAGGUGGCCGAAAUCACGAUGUGGACAACUCCAAACCUCAGCACAUGCAACCAACACUAUCUGCAGGGCAGCGUACCACUAGGGCAGUGCCAGUGUCGUUCCCUCUGUCCUCUUUGUCGCUGCAGCCGACGGAUCAAAGGAUGAGGUCAGCCUUCCUCAGGUUUUCAUGUGGUCUGUCCCUGGACCCCGACACGGCUCAUCCCACUCUGUGUCUGCUCGAGGGGCCUCAGGGUGCACACUGUGGCGAGGAGCCGCAGUCCUACCCCCCUCACCCCCAGCGCUUCGAUUCAGUGGCGCAAGUCCUGUGCAAGGAGGGUCAGUUUGCCGGCGCCAGCUACUGGGAGGUGGAGUGGAGGGGCGGAGGAUGGGUCGACAUCGGCGUCACCUACCGAGGCAUCGGGCGCAAAGGGGGCGGAAAGCCCUGCCUGCUGGGGCGCAAUGAGAACUCCUGGCGGCUGAGGUGCACACAUGCGGGAUAUGCCGCUUGGCACGAUAACCGCAAGACCACGGUGGCUGCACCGCCCUGCCCCAGGAUCGGUGUCUUCCUGGAGCGCCAGAAGGGCGCCUUAUCCUUCUACAGCGUGUCGGACACGGUGGUGCUCCUGCACACUUUUCAAUGCCAGUUCUCUCAGCCGCUGUACCCGGCCUUCCGUCUGGACCUGGACUCCACCCUGCUCAUCUGUCCCCACGAGGGAGGCGGUGGAAAUCCAAGCUAACUGUUCCCUCCUCCUUCCUACUCCACCUGCAGGAAAGGGCUAUUAAGUCUGCUGAUGGGUAUGAACACUAACAAUAUGACUGAAGAGGUUUGUGGUGCACAGACAGCAACAUCAGGAAGAAACCUCACAGUCGGGAAUUGACCACUUAUUUUUUUUUUUUUUUUUACCAAUAUGCUUUUGGCUCACUGUCAGUCUGGGCUGUACAGAGCACACUAGCACUCCAGAGUGUGAUCAACAUCCAACGUGCAAAAUUUUAUUUUCUUCUUCAACUGCAACAAAAGUCUCAUUCCAUCAAGAUUUUGAGUGAGAGUCCAGCUCCAAGUACAGAGUAUCAUGUACACUGUACACUCUAAAGAAGCCCACCCCUUGGGCAAAUUAGCUAAAUUGGGCUACAAAUAAAAUAAGCUUGACUUGAAUUGAAAAACAAAUUAAUGAAUAUUAUUUCCCGCAUAAUUCCUGUCUGUCUAAAUCAACAACACCAUGAUACUAAUCAGUAUUUCCAUUUGUGUUUUACGUUGUUUUCUUUGUGCUAAAAUUUGGACAUGACAGACCUGACACUCUUUUGUAACAAACCUGUAAAAGUGACCUCAACUUCAGAUAUAGAUGAAUGAAAUGCCAUAAUGUAGCUUCGUAGCGUGUGUUUUAUUUUAUUUUUUUAUGUCUUGUUACGUCUUUCGUGGGUUUUGGGAUUGUUUGAUAUCAACGUCUUUAGUGUGGGAUGGUUUUAUGGUUAAUCUUGAAAGUUAAAUGUCAUCAGAAAUGUUCUUAUGUAAUUUUUGAGGGUAAAGAUGAAGAAGAAGAAGCUACUAUACUUGUCACUGCUUGACCUGUCUUCUAGUCCAAUACUAAUUUGUUUUAAGGAUUCACUGAGUCAAGACAAAUGAUAAGUAUACUUAUUACACUUGUAAGACCAUACACCAUACGACUGAAACUGGUACACUUGUACCAGUAGCUCAGCUUAGCUUAUGUUAGCAAAGUAUAACCUAGCUUAACCAAGUGUGUGACAACAGAAACUAGUGUUGAUUUUAAAGUACCGGGUUGUUUCCCGUCUCUUUGCUAAGCUAAGCUAACUGGCUGCUGGCUGUAGCUUCGUAUUCACGGCCUUUCUGUUCGUUUAGUAUGUAAUUCCUAAAAUGUUUGAAGAGAUCUGUUGCUGUAUGCUAGUGCUGUUCAGGCAGGCCACCUAAGCGGAGACAGAAAUAUGGAUGUAGAUAGCACACUAAAGAAUGCUUUAGUCAAGACAAAUAAUAAGUAUGUCUGCUAUACUUUGAGAACCAGAAACUUCGCUUAGCUCAACUUAGCUUAUCUUAGCAUAGCUUAAUUGAAUGUGGUUUCAACAAAAACUAGUGUUGAUUAGGAAUCUUUAAAGAACACGGUUUGCUGUUUUCCAGUCCCUAUGCUAAGCUAAGCUAAGGUAGCCGGCUGCUGGCUGUAGCUACCGUGUUUCUACUGUACUACCAAACCACUAAUUUAGGAAUUACAUACAUUACACAGACACAUUGCAGGUUCUCAAUUUCAAAUAUCUAAGGACUAGAAUGUUUGAAAAGGUUGUAUGCUAAUGUUAUUAAGAAAAUCCACAUUAGCCACUUGUAGGCUAGUUAAUAAUAUAAGGAUGGUUUAUAUUAAUGGUAUCGACGGCAUGCGUUUCGUAAAAGGUGCAGUAAAUAUACAGAAAACAUUAAAUCCUUGCAACAGUUUCUCUCGUUUACUUCACAAACAGGUUGUUGUACAUUUGUCUGUUACUUUAGCCCAUAUUCAGUCUCUUCUGUCUCUUCACAGUUGAAAGAAAUGGAUCACAAUCUAAACAUCUAAGUGCCUAAACAUUUUUCAGCCCUGGUUAAUUAUGUUGUGAGAAGGUAAAUGUAAGAUGUGCACUGCAUGCCUCCAUAACCAACUCUUGUCAUUAUUAUCCAGUCAUAUGUAAUCGCAUCCAAUGCUGUCAAUAACAAUUGUAUUCAUUCAGUCAAGGAUGGUUUGGAACAUAACCCUUUUUGCAGUUUUAAACUCUUGAAUCACAGGCUUUUAAUUAAGUCUAACAUGACAGUUUACUCUUCACUACUCAGUUUUGUGUGUAGCAUGGCAAAGAUUUAAUCGUAACCUUAACUGUAAUGCAAUUUCCAGGUGUGAGAGUGACCUUGGCUUCCGUCUGAAUUGAUGCCAUACUGUAGCAACUGCCUUUCUUGGAUUAUAAGUUUUUAUUUUAUUUAUUUUUUUAUUGUGCUUUUCCAGAGGACUAUGAUCACUUGACCGAGCACUGUGCAAGGCAAUUUAAACCAAACCUAUAAAAUGGAAACAUAUCCACAAUUUCAAUUCCAAAUAUCACACAGGAGCAUCAAAUAAUAAAUGUGAAGCAUUCAUUAAAAACAUCUUCAAACUAUAAAUACACAGAGUACACUACUUACACAACUAACAUUUUUGUAAUGUUUUGGACUUCAUUAUUUAACAAAUUGUAGGACUCUUAACAAGAACUGAAUGUAUCCGGUGUAGUAUGAUAUAAUUUUUGUUUCCCAUGAAUUUUCUGUGCUUCUGUUAUUGUCAUGUGACUUUAACAUGUGUUGUAAUUGAGUGCUGCUUUUAUUUACUUUGUUCAAAGUAAGUUGUUUUCGCCUUUACUUGCAAUAAAAUUACCCACAGAGGUGUGAAUGUGCA